GCAGCCCUGGUUUCACAAUCUGCCAUUUGCUAUUUGAGUGAAACAGACAAUAAUUUGUUUUGUUGAUAAAAAAAAAAUGAGCACGCCUGCAAAAAGCACUGGCACCGGUCUGGAGGAUGUUAAUAUACCAGGCCAAGCGUUUCUACGUGAAGCGCUCACCUCAUGCACGGAUCCACUGAAAGCCAUCGAGAGCUUUCAACUCGAAAAUGGAGUUUUGCUGCCUUCUCUGCGUCCGAUGUUGCCUUUAUUGGAUUUGCAUGGUGUGCGACGUCUGGACUUCCAUACUUCGCUUAUGGAGGAGUUGCGUGACAAACUAAUCGCGCACAUUAACGAGCUGGGUCAGAAGGAUCCACGCGAGCGCGAAAAGAAACUAAAGGAUUUGCUGGUCAAGAGUUUUCCCGUGGUGCGUGUUAAACAUUUGCGUCCUGUUGUGAUGGCCAUACUUCGAAAUACCCAGCACAUUGAUGACAAGUACUUGCGCGUUCUGAUGCGCGAUCGCGAGCUCUAUGCGGAUACAGACACAGAAGUCAAGCGGCAAAUAUGGCGCGAUAACCAAUCCCUAUUUGGUGACGAGGUGUCUCCACUACUAUCGCAAUAUAUUCGCGAAAAGGAGCACAUCCUCUUUGAUCACACCAAUCUGAAUAACUUGUUCUUCCAGCCCACACCGAAGGUGCGCCGCCAGGGCGAGGUAGUCCAGAAGCUGGCCAACAUGAUUGGCAAUAGCGUGAAGCUUUAUGAUAUGGUGCUCCAGUUUCUGCGGACUCUUUUCUUGCGCACACGCAAUGUACAUUAUUGCACGCUUCGGGCAGAGCUGUUGAUGGCACUGCAUGAUCUGGAGGUGCAAGAGAUCAUCUCGAUCGAUCCGUGCCACAAGUUUACGUGGUGCCUGGACGCUUGCAUUCGGGAGAAGAAUGUGGAUAUUAAACGCUCGAGGGAACUUCAGGGAUUUCUGGAUAACAUCAAACGCGGACAGGAGCAGGUGCUUGGUGAUCUCUCCAUGACACUGUGUGAUCCGUAUGCCAUUAAUUUUCUGGCUACCUCGGCCAUCAAGAUUCUGAAUCACUUGAUCAACAACGAGGGCAUGCCGCGAGACAAUCAAAUUUUGAUAUUAUUGCUGCGCAUGUUGGCAUUAGGAUUGAGUGCCUGGUUCAUGAUCGACACCCAGGACUUUAAGGAGCCGAAGCUCGACAGCCAGGUUGUGACCAAGUUUCUACCUGCUCUAAUGUCGCUCAUGGUGGACGAUCAGUGCCGAAGCCUACACGCCAAACUUCCUCCCGAUGAGCGUGAAUCCGCAUUGACAACCAUUGAACACUCUGGCCCGGCGCCGGACGCCGUAGAGGCCUAUAUCCAGGAGAGCUCGGUGGCCAGCAUUUUGGCUAUGUACUAUACGCUGCACACGGCUCGCGUCAAGGAUCGCGUCGGUCUGCUGCGAGUUCUAGCCAUAUUGUCGGCCUGCAAGGACUAUCGUGCCUACGAGGAUCCCUUCCUCCACUCGCUGAUUGCUCUGCUCAUACCCAUGAGCGAGGAGUUCGCCACCGAAGACUUUUGCACCACCCUCUUCGAUGAGUUCAUUUUCGCGGGUCUAACGCGCGAGAACGUCACCUCCAGGCACAUGAUGAAGCUGCUCUGGUACAUAUAUAAUAAGUUGCCCGCUGGUCGCCUGGCGACACUGAUGAAGGCCAUGCAGCCAACGUCGGCACACAAUGAGCACAUCCACAAACUCUACGAGACGCUGCAGGAGCGUAUUGGCACGGCCGUGGCUCCAGAGACAGCCACGCCUACCGUACUUGAUCAGCCGCCCCCUGACUACGAUUCACCUUUGAAGAGCGUGCCCACACCAGGACCUCAUUAUAGCACACAAUAAACUACGUAGAUAUAUAA